ACAAGCACAACGACCACGUCCACAUGUGGUUGCUUCCCACUAUAUAACACCGACGCGCGGGAUGCUUGCUGGCCACCUACCGCUCCCUCCCUCCUUCCCUCUGGCUGGCUGUACCCAAUCAUCCUCGGUCGCCGUCUCACAGCGCAAGCCAACGCGACUACGCGACGCCAAGCCGGGAAGAGAGAGAGAGAGGAGCCCAACUAACUACACAACCAUCGAUCCAAGGCCACAGGUAGCCGGGGUCAUCGGAUCAUGGACAGAGUGCUGUGGGCGUCGACGCCGGCGGCGGCGCUGAGCUGCGGCGGCAUGAGGGGCAAGGGGGCCAGGCCGUCCGACUACUCGCUGGGCAUGGGCCCGCUCGUGGGGCAGCUCGGCGAGUGGCUCUGCCGGGCCGUGGUGCAGCCGCCGGCGCCGCGGGUGUGCGGGACGCCCGGCGGGCCGCCCGUGACGGCGCGGCGGGUGCGGCUGAGCGACGGGCGGCACCUGGCGUACGAGGAGUCCGGCGUGCCCAGGGAGAGCGCGCGGUACAGGAUCGUCUUCUCGCACGGGUUCACGGGCUCGCGCCUCGACAGCCUCCGCGCCUCACAGAAAGUGGCUGAGGAGCUGGGCGUGUACAUGGUCGGCUUCGACCGCGCCGGCUACGGCGAGAGCGACCCUAACCCCAACCGUUCCGUGCGGAGCGCGGCGCUGGACAUCGAGGAGCUCGCCGACGCGCUGGGCCUCGGCGACAAGUUCUACGUCGUCGGCUUCUCCCUCGGCUGCCACGCCGUCUGGGGCGCGCUCAAGUACAUCCCCCACAGGUACGUCCACGUCAGCCACUAUUACUUGCUAGUUAGGAGUACUACUCGUCAUGUCAUGCGUGAUGUUAACGUUGACGGCAUGCUGCAGGCUCGCCGGCGUUGCGAUGCUAGCGCCAGUGGUCAACUACUGGUGGACCGGGUUCCCGGCAGAGUUGGCGGCGGAGGAGUACGGCAAGCAGGAGUACGGCGACCAGUGGGCGCUGCGCGUGUCGCACCACGCCCCGGGGAUCCUCCACUGGUGGAUGGAGCAGAGCUGGCUGCCCACCUCCACUGUCGUCGCCAACACCACCCAGCUCCCCAACAAGCGCGACGCCGAGAUCCGCCGCACCCUCACCGCCGACGGCACGCUCCAGAAGAAGAGGGAGCUGGCGACGCAGCAAGGCAUCCACGAGUCGUACUACCGGGACAUGACGGUGAUGUUCGGCAAGUGGGAGUUCGACCCGAUGGGCCUGCCGGAGCCGCCGUGCCCGGUGCACCUGUGGCAGGGCGACGAGGACGGGCUCGUGCCGGUCGUGCUGCAGCGGCACAUCGCAGGGAAGCUCAGAUGGGUGAACUACCACGAGCUCCCCGGCACCGGCCACUUCAUGUCUGCCGUCCCCGGGCUUGGAGACACCGUUCUCCGGACACUUUUCGGUUGAGCCGCCGCAAAGGCGUGGCAGCAUCAAGAAAGUACAGAAGAGUUGGUUAUAGAUUAGGCCUUAGUGUUUUGCAAAGUAGAGUGCAAUGAUUGGUUAAGUUGGUCAUGAUACAUGGGGACAUGAGGCAGCAUGUAGAUUUUGUUCAUCCUUUCUUUUGCAAUGAAAUUGUGCUGCCAAGAAGCCCUGAAAAAAUGAAAAUUCUUUAACAGAAAGUGAAAUUAUACCACUCUGCUUCUUUUUUA